CAAGAAAUACGCUAUUGUUGACGCCCUAAAAAAAACUUAUGAUAGCAUCAAAGGACUGGAUAGUUGGCAAUGACCUUUGCGCUUUUCCGAAUGAGAUGGUCGAUAUACACCUUCAGAAGUGCGACCAACCUGAUGACAAUUGGUCACUUAUGAAGUGUAAAGUUAUUCAUGAAUUAGAAUCUCUGCAGUCUGCAAAAGAUCUGUUAGCUUCCCUGCAAAUACUGCAAUCUCACCUUGAAAACACUUCAACGGAUGAAAACACUCUGCCACAUAACACUGAGAAGCCCAAGAGAGGUGUAAUGAAACGUAAAGAAGAUUUUCUUUACAAUUCAGUAGACAUGGAUGUGGCUGAGAUGCAGGCUGGGAAUAUCCGCGUACAAUAUCCCAAAUUUCGUGUUUUCGACAAAGUGAUAUCUCCAAUCGCCAAUUCAACACAAUUAGAGACAUCACCAUCCACAUCGGAAUGUAAGCAUGUUGGUGGCGCUGUAUUGGACCAGUUGUAUACUGUGGUGCUGAAGAUUUCGUCAGCUAUCAAUGACUUGACUAAAACGAUUAACAACAUGUCGUCCGCCAUUACUAACUUGAAUGUUAAUGUUAACCAAUUGCUUUCAAAGUCUCAUGAGCGCGAAAGACCGCAUGAAUUCGAUUGCGGACUGUCAAGUCAGCAGUUCCCUUUGUCAUCUGAAGAGGAACUACAGAUGCUAGAUACUGGUUUGUCGCAGAAAGAAACCAGGGACAGAUUUACGGCAAUGGUCACUAGGUUAUCAGGUGACGAUCCAAAAACGUCCAUGCGUUUUAUUCUGUCGCAUCUGCUGACACCGGAGGUUGCCAGUAAAUUCACGUUACUCGGCACCUCUUCUAAACGAGCACUACAUAAAUGCACGUUUUACAGCUGCAUACGAAGUAACCUAUAUCUAUUACUUAAACUUCAGGUGCCUUAACUCAUCGUUUUUUGUCAUCCUCUGUAAAUGAGAAAGACCUUGGUAAGCUAUACGACAUAGCGACACAAGGUUACUUUCACGACCUUCGAGACAAGACGAUAAAACGAAAUAGAAGAAAAGAAAAUCAGGUAGGUACUAAUUUAAAGUGAUAACCUCCCUACGGCUCUAUAGUUACAGUCAACAAUACUGACGAACAUAACCGUAAGUUCAGCUUCAAGUAUUUGGUUGUGCAAAAGCAUGUCAUUGAGAUAUGGUUGUGACUCUUUAUUGUUUUUUUUAAAUUCAGAAUUCACAGGACGACUACCCCAAUUCUGAUUAAUCCGUGCAAUUGCUUUGAUGUUGUACCUCGAUUUCAAUAAACAUUAUUCUUUCAAACAGCUUACUCUUUUACCUACAUGGGAAACUGUUGAAGUGUUGAGAAUGUGUGUUUGAGUUUCAGUGAACUAUUGAUUAAAUGCACAUUUCUUAUGAAUACAUUAUAACCUGUUCGUUCUUUUUCAGAUAAUUUCAAAUAACAAUGUAUUAGCAAUUGCAUUGGAUAUGCAUAACAAUCGAUGCUUCAGCUUGUGCUCUACUGUUGUACAAUAAUACGUUUUUCUUUUUCAAUAAAAUUUUUGAAAUA